AUGUGCUACUAUGGAGGAUACUAUGGAGGCCUGGGCUGUGGCUAUGGAGGCCUGGGAUAUGGCUAUGGAGGCCUAGGAUGUGGCUAUGGCUGUGGCUAUGGUGGCUAUGGUGGCUAUGGAUAUAGCUGCUGCCGCCCGCUGUGCUGCAGAAGGUACUGGUCCUGUGGCUUCUACUGA